CAGUACUGUACUACCAUAUAUACACAAAACAAUGGAGCCAUCACGUGAAGAUGGUGGAGCUACGAGCUGCUCCUUCACAACAAUUAAGCUUGGGUUGGACAGAUCGACAUCUGCGGUUUCAGGUCCAGGGAUAUCCAGAUGCUGUUUUCAGUUCAACAAUUUGAUGCAAGGAGGAGACUCUGUCAGCCUGGAAAAGCUGGGUGUCUCGUCAGAUUAUCACAAGAAGAAGGCGGCUGCGAACAGGCAUCACCGGGAACAGGCUGAGCGAGAGAAAAUACACAAGCUGUACAGCUCACAGCCUGAGACCCACCUCAGAGUCGUCCCAAUCAAGGGCGACGGGCGCUGCCUCUUCAGAGCAAUGGUGAAGGGCUUGGCGCGCGCGAAGGGUGAAUUCGUGGGUGGCAGAACGGAGGAGGCGGAUGCAGACGAGCUGCGGCGGGCGGUGGCGGACGCGCUCUGCCGCGGGCCUGAGCGCCUUCGCAGCUUCAAGGAAGUGCUUCCUAGCAUCGAGGCGUUCGAGGGCGGCCUGCGCAGGUACUGUGUGCGGCUGCAGUCCCCCACCUUCUGGGGCGGUGAAGUGGAGAUCCUGAUUCUCAGCAAAAUGCUCAAGGCGCCCAUCUUUGUCUUCCAGCGCGCCGAGGAGGCCGGCAGGAAGGGAAAUGGGUACAUUCCCAUUGUGAAGUAUGGAGAGGAGUUUGCGGAACCCAAGAAAGGGAGGAAGCCCCGUGCACCAGUGAAGCUGCUUUACUCCAGUGGCAACCACUAUGAUCUGCUACUGCCCAGCCUCAUCUGAUUUGACAAUCAUUUAUUAUUGAAGUUUCCCACCAAAACAUACUAAAUGAAGACUGCAAGACUCAAAACGUUUCUGGUUGAUUGCGAUCUCAGCUUUUAGAAUUUUGGCGCUCCUCUUGAAAGGAGUGGGCCAUCAUGAACUUUCUAAGCCGAGCUUGUUGGCGGUCUGGAUCUUAAUUGGUUGGUGUAGACUGCUGAGGCAGCGCUGUCGGAUUACCAGAAACUUCUUUUAAUCUUUUAAGGCAACUCUAAUUUGAUCCAAUAAUUAUUCGUAG